AUGACUGAGCAUAUAAAGGUUGUCAUGCUCCAUUUAUCAAUGGAUGACAGCAGUGGCAAGGCAAGUAUGGGAAUGAGUCGCCAGUUACAGACUAAGCAGUAUCGGAAUUAUACUAACGAAACUUUAAGUUAUGCUGUUAGUUUGAUCAGGAGCAAAGGAAUUUCACUUCGUCAUGCAACAAAAGUAUAUGGCAUACCUAAAACUACACUGUCUAAUAAAGUAAAUGGAAAAUCUGAUAUCGGCUCUCGCAGUGGCCCUGGAACAGUGUUGACAAAAGCAGAGGAGGAUAUGAUAGCAGACUGGGCGAUUAAAAUGGCCAAAAUGGGUUUUGGUAGAACGAGAGCAGAGAUUUUAGACACUGUACAAUGCAUAAUUAAACAAGAUGGGAGAGUUUGCCCAUUUGUGAACUGUAGACCCGGGAAAGACUGGUAUUAUGCUUUCUUAAAAAGACACCCUGAACUGUCUGCUAGAUCACCACAACAACUAGCAAAGGAGCGCACAAUAAUUACACCUAAGAGAGCUGAUCAGUGGUUCUCUGAUUUUUUAAAAUUUAUGUCUGAAGAGGUGAACGACCCCCUUUUAUGGAAAGAUCCCACAAGAUGGUUUAAUGCAGACGAAUCGGGCUUCCCUUUAUGUCCUCAAAGCGGCAAUGUAUUAGCUCCAAGAGGUGUUCCUAACAUAUAUAAUUUCACGUCAUCCGACAAAACACAAAUUACUGUGUUGGCCUGUAUGAAUGCUGCUGGUUUAUAUCUACGGCCUCUUAUUGUAUAUGCAGGACAGAGACUUACAUAUAACCCACCUGAGGAGUUUCCUGAGGCCAUUCUAGGGCGUACAGACACAGGUUGGAUGGAUUCUGACUUGUUCUAUACUUGGCUUAAAGAUGUGUUUGCCCCGGCACUCGAAGAAAACAGUAUAAGACGACCAGUUGUAUUGUUUGUUGAUGGUCAUUCAACUCAUGCUACACUUAAGGCAUCAAAAUUUUGCAGAGAAAAUGAUAUCAUUUUGUAUUGUUUGCUAGAACACGGCAGUCAUUUAAUGCAGUUCUGUGAUAUUGCACUGCUUAGUGCGCUAAAGGGAACAUGGAAGCAGGCUGUUCGAGAUUAUCAAAUCAGUAAUGUCGGUGAGUUUGUUACAAGGGUAAAAUUUGCAAAAGUCUUUAAGUCAGCUUGGGAAUCUGCUUGUCCUGUGGACAUUUCUGUUAAAGGUUUUCGCGACAGCGGGCUGUUUCCUUCUGAUCCGACCAAAGUCCUCGAUACGUAA